AUGUGCAAAGGAAACACAACACUUUCAAGCUCUAGCAUGGUAGGUUUUCAUUUUUGCUCUGCUUCUCGAAGUUAAAACCAUUUCGCUUUGGGUUUGCUCCACAGCGCAAUGUCAAUUUCAUCGUGUUGUUUAUAAGCUUGCUUAUUUCAAACUGGUGUAGAACUUUUAAUCGGCCCGUUUGAAUCCUCGCCAACAGUGACGAAGAAUUUCUGUUUCUGUUUGGUUUCCGGUAGAUUAUUCGCGAUUUGCCAGCUAAUGUUUGAUGUGGAAAUUUUUAGAAGACCAAUUUAUUUAAAGAACUACAGCGGUAUAGCGAAGUCAAAUCACUUCGAAAGCGCAUUGUUAGCACUUUCAAUUCACCAAAAAAGUUCAUUCGUUUGCAUUUUGUUCGCUAGCUUUGCUGACGAGGCUGCUUUGAGGAGUUGAGACGUAUUCGUGUUUAUGUGGAAAAUGUUUCUCUAGUUCGAUUGUGCAAUUUUAAGGAUUCAUAAACGUGAGCUGAAUUCCGUGUGAAAUUCGGCACGCUCGUCAGUCGAUUUGAACGUGAUGGAUAUGUGACAUGAGAGCUAUUUUAUUACUUAUCCCGCUGAGAGAUCUGUAGUUUUUAAAAAAGGUUCCUUAAAAUAUGAACGUGUCAAAUUUUUUUCAUACGCGAGUCCACGUAGUCGAUCGUGGAUGUAGACUGUUUGCGAUUCACUCUAACGUCUUUUCCGACAGAACAGUACGCGGCUCACUCAAAGCUGCGAGCUCUUUGUUGCAACAAACUUGGAAAGUAGGUUUAAAAUUCUUCUUUUUUUUCACAAUUCGGUGUGUUGCAAAACGUCUUUGCUUUAACUAGGAUACGAUAAACUAUUUCUGCCGCGAACGUGACCGAUAUCCUGGUAAAUACUAAAUUAUUUACAUCAGUUAUGUGAUGUUUUUGCAAGUUUGAGCUUAGCUUAUAAACAAAGUACAGGUCUAAAUGGCAGGGAUUUUAGCUCGCUUUUUUCUUGUGAUCUUUAUUCUGUAAACAGAAUGACAGACCUUUGACUUGGGGAUUUGUGUUUGAUCGGCUGUGCUUAGCAUCAUUUUUUGACACGCUAAAAACCCGUGAUGUUCAUUUCAUGAUGCAAUUCUACAUUGCGCUUGCACUUGUGAGCAUAUAAAUGUCGUUUAAUUGAAUGAUGCUUAUUCAACAAGUUGUUUUUUUUUCUAUUUCAGAGCUGGCAUUCACCUCAAAUGACCAGAUCUCCACAGAGCAUGAAGAUCGUAUUGUUCGCCGAUUUUGCAUCGAGUAGCCAUGGUCUUCACCAGGCGCAGUAUAUGCUUAAACAGCUUUGCAAUGAGGGUCACCAGAUAACUCUAUUCGGUAAGUUGAAUUUCUGAUCAAGUUUUUGAUUUUCGCUUUCUCUUCAACGCUUCACCGCAAAAGGGAAAAGUCCCAGCAGUGAACAAUAGUAUUGUUGAACUUUGGCUGUUAUCCAGCCCUUCAUAGCAAACAAUUUUCGUUGGUAAUUAAUUUCUAUUUUAAACUUGUAGUUUUGCUUUUUCUUCGAUGUGUCUCGGGAUGUUCUCUUUAAAACAGUUUAUUGAAAUUGUCUUAAGGGGUGUUUUUUGUAAUCGCCUGAAAUAGCACUGAAUUCGUCAUCUGUUCGAACUUGUUUUUAUUACACAAAAGGGAAGGGAUUUGCAAUUCAAAUAGUACAGCGGCGCGUUUCAAUUAAACUCCUUUCGUUUUCCCGAAAGACCCAUCAACUUUUCUAUUUCAUUUCAUCGUGCGUUUUAUUUCACCCCUGAAAUGUUGCAAUUUUUGUAACUUUUCCAAGUGAUGUGGUGCCCUGAAGCAGAGUGAUUCAUUUUUACUGCAGGCGAUUGAUUAGCUGUUCCAAUGAUUCCGUCCAUUCUCUUGGGACAGACUUAAUUUUCCACUUGUUUUUCAACCUUGCGGGUUUUGUUAGAAAAAAAUCCUUCUAUCAGCCAGGUAUUGUUAAGAACCGGAAAUGUAAGUGGGCCUUCUCAGUAAAUUUACUGGGUAUUGGACUUCCGGUGACAAUACCACGUGGGCUUGAUGUUGUGAGUGUAAUGUUGACUAUGUUGGCCAUUUUUCAAACAAUCCUCUGAUUUUUUUUUGCAGAAUGUGCCAAUGUUACUGUACCGUUAUUGAUGUAUGAAGACACACAAGCUUGCCUCUGCCAAGUUUUUGAAGAACCUCUGAAGCUUUUGGAACGAAAAGUGAAUGAGGCUGAUGCAUUUCUUCUUGUAACUGACAAGACUGGAUUUGAGAUCCCUCCCUCGCUUGCCACGGUUAAACACCAUUUUACAGGCAACAACUUCACCUGGAGACCUUAUGGCGUGCAAUGUGUUCUUCUUGGUGGUUCUGUACACAGUCGAAGAGUCGCCAUGAGACUUCGAGUGUUUUUAGAAGGUUCUGACUACCCCUACAUGGCAGGUGUCCUUCCUCAACGGUGCUCCUGGACAGAAAUGUAUGCAGUAGACCCGAGUCUUGAAACACCUGGUCCUUGUGUACUAUGA